AUGAAGCUUCGAUUGCCCUAUACCAUUCGCUUAGUUACCGCAAACUCUUUCUCCGAGCGUAUGGUUCUUUCUCCGCAGACCUUCUCAGACGUCAUCCGAAGUCGUUACCGUGCUGUCGCUUUAAGGCAUUUGAGACCACUGGGAUCAGCCGUAUUUUUGAUAGGAGCAGAGAACCCUAGAGUGGCUUUGCAUCGUCGUUGGGCAUUUGCAGAAUUCAUUACAGCAUUGAAAACGGCCGAGCCCUUGCGUAUCUUUUCGCUGACCGUCGUUGUAACAGAGAACUGGAACUUGCCCGGUUUCAAUGAGAAAGACUUGGUCAACGCCUUAUUUAGCGGCGCGUUCAAAUUUCUUGGAAAGCUAACAUUGCGCGGUUUUACUGAGGAGGAGAGAAACCGCCUGUGCCAUCUUGUACACACUCUAAGGGACCCACCCCUGAAGAUUGAGCGGAAUAAGACGAAGAUACAGGGACCAGGAUUCUCGGUUUGGAUUUAAAACAUCCCGAUCAGCGUCGGCGGUCUCAAGUCCAAGUCCAACGACCAGAAGCCGCUUUUCAUUCGAAACACGGCCUCCCAGAAGUGA